AUGGCACCCUACGACGACAGCGACUCCUCUGGCGGAGAAGAAGUCGAUUACACAGAGACCAAUGUCCUCCUCGGCUAUGCAUCCAAGGAUGCCGAAGAUGAUACCAUAAGCCGUUUGGGAGGUCGCCCAGACUGGCUCGAUCCCUCAGCACCCGCUUCCGCUGCCCUUGCUCGUUGCAAGUUGUGCAAAGAUGUCAUGGUUCUUCUGCUACAAUUGAAUGGAGAACUACCAGACCGUUUCCCCGGACACGAACGGCGGUUGUACGUCUUUGCUUGCAAAAAGAAAAGCUGUCGCAGGAAGGAUGGAAGCAUUCGCGUAAUCAGAGGACUUCGCGUCGAACCCGGCAGCAAAGCAGCACCGACUGAGAAGGUUCAAAAAGAAGAGAAGCCAGCAGUCAAGGAGGAACCAAAGCCGCAGCCGAAACUUGGCGAGGCACUAUUCGGAGCAAAGGGCCUCGGAUCCGCGUCGAACUCGGCCAACCCCUUUGCGACAUCGGGUUCUGCGCCCAGCAAUCCAUUUGCAAGUGGUGCAAACCCCUUCAGUAGUUCCAAGCCGGAAGCACCCAAACCUGUAGAGGAGACUAGCAAAGCCGAAGUCAAGGAGGCAGUCGAAGCCCUCCCAAAAACGUUUGCCGAGACUCUCUCGCUCAACAACCCUCAGAAAGAGCAAGGCCCUCCCCCGCCCCCGGAACCAUGGCCCGUAGAGAAGGAUCUGCCUUCUCCCUACCCCAUCUCGUACCUGGCCGACGCUGACUAUGAAACUCUCGACCCGACACCGCCACCAAUACCACAAGCUACACGAAUGGAUGUAGACGAGCCAGGAUCCUCUGCCGGCGGUGGAAAGGAAGACCGCGAAGUUUUCGAGUCCGUCAUGGACGGCGAUUUUCAAAAGUUUGCCGAUCGGCUCGCCCAAAACCCCGAGCAGGUGAUCCGAUACGAAUUCGGCGGCCAGCCCCUACUGUACUCCAAGACAGAUGCGGUGGGCCAGCUACUGGGCGGCAACCGAACGAUGCCGCGAUGCGGAAACUGCGGUAGUACAAGAGCAUUCGAGGUCCAAUUGACGCCCAACGCCAUUGCCGAACUGGAGGCCGAGGAGCUCAGCCUCGAGGGCAUGGACUGGGGCACCAUCAUUGUCGGCGUCUGCGAGUCGGACUGUCAGGCUCGCGGCGUGGCCGAGGGCGAAGCUGGAUAUCUCGAGGAGUGGACUGGCGUGCAGUGGGAGGAGGUAUCGGCCAAGAGAUAA